AUGAUGCCAAAAUGGGAGAGCACAAACAUCAAGGUAUCGGACCCAAGUUGCGUACCCGACCAGAGUUGUGGCUGGGACAAAGAAAAAACCACCUUAUACUUUCAUAACACUACUCGACACGCGUUCGGUGACUACCGGUGCAAAGUUGACUACUGGUCCGACGCCGACAUGAAAGCGCACGAACACGACUCGCAUACGAGUGUUACGGUUGGCCGCAAAGAAAACGGCACUUUCUUUAUUACAUAUAACGCAGAACAACACUAUUCUAAUCGUCCCUUACCCUGAUUGUCACGUUUAUUGCAUCUCUCGUUAUACUUUUAAAUAG